UAAUUAUUAAUUAUUAAGUUGACCAUCGAAUACAGAAGUUGAAAGGAGUUUCGUCUCGUUUUAUACCGAAAAAAAGUAAAGACAUGAUGUGUAAACUGCCAAAAGUAAGCAGAAUUGCUUUUGCUAUUUUAUUAGCAGUACUUUUUUACGUCAAUGAUUCGGAGGCUUUUUCAAAAUACGGCAGGACCUGCCAGGACAUCAUCUGCCCCUCUACUUAUGAAUGUGUUAUCAAAGAAGACCUUUGCCCUCCCGGAAAGACCGCCAAAUGCGGAAAAUAUCCAGAUUGUAAGAAAGUAAACAAACCAGUUUUAGAGAAGAGAAAACAAUCGAGUUACGAUGGUCCGCACUCAUCUGUACCACAACAACCAAUAACAGCAAAUGAGGAAGCACAACUAAUUGUUCAUGUUAGCCAAUUUUUUCCUAAUGUUCCAUCUAACGGUCAAAAGGCCGGUCUUGAUGAAACAGAUCGUAAGUUUAUCGAUGACUGGUUAAACAAUCAUGGCACACUACCGAAGCCGAGCACUUCAGGAGGUGAUUACGAUAAGGCGACCAAACGCCCUAUUUUCAUUUUCAAGAAAAUAGAUGACAUUAUGAAGAGAGUGAAGGAAGUGGUUAUUAACUGGUUCUAAUUUCUCGGGGAAAAAAA